CCUAAACGGGUCUUUCUUGUUUACAUCUUACUGGCUGUGACAGAGUUCGUCAUUCACUGUACACUCCUAACAGACGCCAAUUUUGCUGUGUGAUGUUGAUUCCUAUCACAAAAAUUGUUCCAACUACUCAAGACCAAAUAUUUUGACAACUUAGAAAUGUUAUGGAUGUGCAACAAUUUAUUCACGACCCAGGAUAGAGUCAUUGAUGGAUUUUUUCAAAGGACAAUUUGGGUUCAAAUUAUUAUCUUGAACGUCUUUCUUUUUAGCUAUAUACAGUGUGUGAAUGUGAAAUCACAAAAAGAAAUCUAUGUGCCAAAUUACAAAUUUUACCAUAAUUUAAAACACAUGGAAGAAGAAGUUAAUCUUCUGUCCAAGUUUCCAAACUAUGUGAAAGUUCACACUCAGUUCAAGUCGAGGGAAAACAGACUCCAGUAUCUUUUGCACAUAUCAAAUUUUAGUGAAUCCAUAGAACUUGAAAAAUUUGAAGACUCCAAUAGCCGGAAAAAUAAACCUCGAUUACUUUUCUCCUAUGGAGAACAUGCCAGAGAAUUUCUACCAGUAGAAAGUGCAAUACACUUCAUUAAAAACUUAACAGGUGGCCUUCUUCCUUCCGCAGAUGUAUAUUCUAGAAAGUUUACGAAACAAAUUCUGUCACAAGCAGACAUAUACAUUAUACUGAUGGCUAACCCAGAUGGACGGCAUUAUGUAGAACAAAAGAAGAAUUACUGUUGGAGAGGAACCAGUACAGGAGUGGAUCUAGACAGAAACUUUGGGUGGGAGUUUGGAGGGAAGGGGAGUUCUGAUGACCCCGGUGAUGAAGAAUUCAGAGGAAAGAGACCAUUCUCAGAACGUGAAAGUAAAGUUUUCCAGGCAAUAACUUCAGAGGUAGCCUUUGAUGCUUUCUUCUCUUUCCAUUCAGGGAUCAAUCACAUAUACAUUCCAUAUUCAGAUACAAGAUCUAGGGAAAUCCAAAGAAAGCCAGACAAUAUAAAGGAGAUGGUCCAUAUGGCUUCUCGUUUAUCUCGCUGCACCAAGUACCAGUACAGAUACGGAACUGCUCCUCAGCUGAUUAAUUACACUGCCGACGGCACCAUAUUCGACUACAUGGCAGGAGUAAAAAAAAUCCCCUUCUCCUUUACCGUUGAGUUGUGGGGAAGACAGCAUAAAGGACCCAGCUGUUUUGAUCUGUUUAAUCCAGAAAGUCAAAACCUGAAGGAAGUGGUCAGCUCCCUUCAUCCACUGUACAUCAACAUUAUAACUCACCUGUCUGAAUGGAAGUUUAGAAAUCACCCAGAAAUGGUUAAUCCUAAUGCAGAGCAUCCCUCAUUAGUUUUGGGCUACAUGAUGUUAGGGAUAACUGUUGCUGUUUCUUUGAUGGUGUGUCUUCACAGAAAAUUCAGAAACUGUCCAAAAUUUUCCCCUCAUCAAAGAGUUGUCUCCCUUAAAACACUGAGUUCGUCAUUCUCUGCAAAGAAAUUGUGAUAAUUAACCUCCUAAGGAGGUUUUUAAUAUUGAUAUUUUUUUGUGUUCGAAAUUUUAUUUCUUGUGCAAGAGUCCCAUUCAAGAUGCCUUAUUGAUGUCUUUAUUUAUUUUUUUUUUUUGAUUUGUAUGUAAUACAAGUACAUGUUUUAAUUUAUGAUGCUCAAAAGAGAAAUCCUUAUCUGAAAUUGUAUUUCUUUUGUAAAAGUCUUGUUGAGAAAUCCUUUGUAUCACUAUCUUGAAAUGUUUUGCAGUUUUUAUUUGAACAUGAAUUUUUGUACUGAUUUGCAAUCUGUAUUUGAACAUUAAUUCUUAAUUGAUACAGAUAUAUAUUUGAUGUACAGUUGAAUUUCCAUAUCUUUAACUUGAUAUUUUGAAUACCAUGGAUAUAUCAAAGUGAUUUGAAGGUCCUAAUCAUUAUUUUCAAACAGAAUUUUGGUUUAAACAAUAUAUAUUCAGAAUACUGAUUACUGAAUAGAUUGGGCAAUAGGCAUACAAUGCCUAUAACUAUCCCCUCUACAC